AUGUCGAUCGACAAGACUUGGAUUAAUAAUUCAAAUAAAUUUUCUGAUGAGUAUGUUGCUGGAGCGUUUGCAUUUGUUGAGAGAGCUCAGCAAUUUGUGGAUACAAGGGGACUAGUGAAGUGUCCUUGUAACAAGUGUAUUAAUAUCGAAUUGCAAACGAUUGGUGUGCUAGAAAGUCAUCUUUUUGAGAAUGGUUUUCUACGAAGUUAUACAAAUUGGUACUGGCAUGGAGAGGAGGAAAUAAUACCGACCAAUAGAGUAGUCCACCAAUGUCACGAGGACGAGAUGAUGGAUGUUCUUAAUGAUAUAGCACAACCUAACAAUUGUGAAGAUGAUGAGAAUGAGGUUGAUGAUGAGAUACCACCAGCAUCAGAAUGCAGAGGUACUAGCCAAUACUAUAAUGACUUAUUUGCCGAGAUGGAGUCUCCGUUAUUCCCAGGGUGUGAAAAAUACACAUCUUUGAAUUUCGUAGCUAAGUUGAUGCAUUUCAAAGUGUUGGGGAAAAUUCCUAACAAAAUUUUUGAUGGAAUCUUGGAGUUGUUAGAAGAUGCAUUCCCAUCUCCAAAUAAGAUACCAAAGUCACAUUAUGCGGCGAAGAGGUUGAUGAGGAAAUUGGGUUUGGGUUACGAGUCAAUCCAUGUUUGUAAGCAUGAUUGUGCAUUGUUUUGGAAGGAAAAUGCUGGAAAACACAAGUGUCCAAUUUGUGGGGAGGAUCGUUGGGUGGAUAAAAAUACCAAGGGGAAGAAAGUGCCCCAAAAAGUUAUGCGUUAUUUUCCAUUGACCCCUCAGUUGAUGCGAAAAUAUGCGUCAAGGCACAUUUCUCAACAUAUGAGAUGGCAUCAUGAAGGGCGUGUUAAAGAAGAUGGUAUCAUGCGUCAUCCUGCAGAUGGGAAAGCAUGGAAGGAUUUUGACCGUAGCAAUCUAGCGUUUGCAAUGGAACCUAGGAAUGUGCGCCUUGGAUUGGCUGCUGAUGGAUUCAAUCCUUUUGGAAAUAUGAGUUUGUCUUAUAGCAUGUGGCCGGUUGUGUUAAUGACUUACAACUUGCCACCGUGGUUAUGCAUGAAAGAGACUAACUUUAUGUUGACUUUAUUAAUUCCUGGUCCACAUUCACCUGGAAAAGAUUUUGAUGUUUUCUUAAGGCCAUUGGUUGAUGAGUUGAAGGAAUUAUGGGUGAGCGGUGUUCAGACUCGGGAUAUUGUUGAUGGUAGUUUUUUUAAGCUUCGAGCAGCUUUAUUGUGGACUAUAAAUGAUUUUCCAGCGAGGAGUAGUUUUUCUGGAUGGAGUGGUCAAGGUUACACUGCUUGUCCUACUUGCAAUGUAUCAACACCAUCAGUUCGUUUGCAAAAUAAGGUUGCAUUUUACGGUCACAGAAAUUUUUUACCAAUGGGACACCAAAUUAGAAAAAAGAAGAAGUUAUAUGGUUCAGUUGAGAAAAGACCACCUCCAGAGGAAUUUAGCACUGAAGCUAUUUUCACACAAAUGAAUUUUAUGCCUGAAUCUCUUCCUGUCAAAUUUCCAGAUGGGUUUGCAUCUAAUUUAAGGAAGAAUGUGAUUGAAAAUGACAAUAAGAUUACUGGGUUGAAAUCCCACGAUUGUCAUGUCAUAUUGCAACGUCUUUUGCCAAUUGGUGUUCAUUCAUUCCUAGAAAAACCUAUUGCCAAGACCAUUAUUGACUUGUGCACUUUCUUCAAGAUUAUUUGUGCUAGAACUCUGAUUGUUUCUGAUUUGGAGAAAGUGAAAACAUCAAUUGUUGAAAUUCUUUGCGGACUAGAAAUCAUUUUUCCGCCAGCGUUUUUUGAUGUUAUGGUUCACCUAAUGAUACAUUUGCCUCAAGAAGCAAUAGAUGGAGGUCCAGUACACAUGAGGUGGAUGUAUCCCUUUGAGAGAUACAUGAAAAAAUUGAAACAUUAUGUGCGUAAUAAAGCUCGUCCUGAGGGGUCCAUAGCUGAGGGUUAUGUCGUCGAUGAAGCAUUGACAUUCUGUUCUAUGUACUUCAAAGGGGUGGAAACAAGGUUUAAUCGUCCAGAUAGAAAUGUUGAUGCAAUUCCAUCACUAAAGAAGUUGUCUGUGUUUCAAUCUCAAGGUUGUCCGAUCGGUAAGAAGACACUAACAACUUUGGACGAUGAACUUAAAAAAACUGCUGAGUGGUACAUUCUCAACAAUUGCAUUGAGAUUCUCCCAUAUAUUCAAGAGCACAAGCAGAUCCUUUUAUCUAGUGGUGCUGAAAACCUAGAUCAAUUACAGAAAAAGGAGUUCCCCAUGUGGUUUUACAAUAAGCUUUACAAUCUUCGACAAGCAGGAUCUGCAGAAGCUUCUGAAGAGUUAUUCUCCUUAGCAAACGGCUCCUCUAAUCUUGUUUCUUCAUACACUGGGUGUAUUGUCAAUGGAGUUCGAUUUUUGUGUUAUGAUAGAGAUAAAAAUUUGAAAACUCAAAACAGUGGUGUCUUAGUACCCGGAGUAGACAACAAAAAUUUCUACGGGCAAUUAGAAGAGGUUAUAGUGAUGUCAUACCUUGCUGGUUGUUCUGUUGUAUUAUUUAAGUGUAAAUGGUUUGAUACAGAUCCUACCAAGAGUAGGAUGAAGCAUGAAAAUAAUAUAACCAGUAUAUUUACUAAGUUCGAGUGGUACAAAAAUGACAAGUUUAUCUUGGCAACUCAGGCAAAACAAAUUUUCUAUCUUGAUGAUUUGAAAAAUGACCGGGAUUGGAAAAUUGUUGAAGAAGUUCAUCAUAGAAAUGUGUGGGACACCCCAGCAGCUUAUGAACAGUUGGAUCCCAUUGAAAUAGAUGUUAUGCAUGACACAAUAACAUCUGAUUUCCAAUUGUUUGUCGAUCUUGGUCCGUUGCCAGAAAUCAAUUUUUGCCGUAGAGAUCAAUCGCCAUAUGUUGUCAAUGUAGAUACUCCUGUUGAUCAAGAGGAAGGUGAAGAGGAAGAGGAAGAGGAAAUGGUCGAUGAAGAGGAAGAGGAGAUGGUCGAUGAAGAGGAAGAGAAAGAGGAAGAGGAAGAGAUGGACUUAGAAGAAGAUAAUGUAGAAGAAAAUGAGAAUGAUAGUGAUAAUGAAUAUUAUAGUGAUGAUUAA